AUGCCCAAGGGCGGGUGUUCUAGAACACCACAGCACGAAGACUUUUCCCUCAGCAACGACAUGGUGGAGAAACAAACGGGGAAAAAGGUGAGGUGCAACGUGGAUCGGGUCAUGAACAUCGGCUUCGGUGCUCCACCCAGUGCAGUAAUGGGUGGGAGCCACGGCAUGGAGCUGUGGGCAGGCCGAGGCUUGCGCGUGGCCCGAGCUUGCAUAGGAGAGGUGUGCGUGCCUGGGAGGCCUGUGGAGGGUCCGGGAGCAGCUCGUGAUGGGCGUGCCCGCGAGGAGCUGGAGCCCGUGGGGACAGAUGUGCGUGGGGGAGCUUGCAUCGGCACGUUCCACAGCCGUUUGUUCCGAGAGCGCGUGGAACGCUGGACAGCGCUGCACGAGGCGUGUAACCGGGGCUACUACGACGUCGCCAAGCAGCUGCUGGCCGCGGGGGCAGAGGUGAACACCAAGGGCCUAGACGACGACACCCCCCUGCACGACGCCGCGAACAACGGGCACUACAAGGUGGUGAAGCUGUUGUUGCGGUAUGGCGGGAACCCUCAGCAAAGCAACAGAAAAGGCGAGACGCCGCUGAAGGUGGCCAACUCCCCGACCAUGGUGAAUCUCCUGUUGGGCAAGGGGACCUACACGUCCAGCGAGGAGAGCUCGACCGCAGAGAGCUCAGAGGAGGAAGACGCCCCGUCGUUCGCACCUUCUAGUUCAGUUGACGGCAAUAACACAGACUCUGAAUUUGAAAAAGGCCUGAAGCACAAGGCUAAGAAUCCAGAGCCCCAGAAAACUGUGACCCCCGUCAAGGAUGAGUACGAGUUUGACGAGGACGACGAGCAGGACAGAGUCCCUCCAGUGGACGACAAACACUUACUGAAAAAGGAUUACAGAAAAGAAACUAAAUCAAAUAGUUUUAUUUCUAUACCCAAAAUGGAAGUGAAAAGUUACACUAAAAAUAACACGAUUGCACCAAAGAAGGCGGCUCAUCGCAUCCUGUCAGACACGUCAGACGAGGAGGACGUUGGUGUCACUGUGGGGACAGGAGAGAAGCUGAGGCUCUCGGCACACACGAUACUGCCCGGUAACAAAACGCGGGAACCUUCCAAUUCCAAGCAGCAGAAAGAGAAAAAUAAAGUGAAAAAGAAGCGAAAGAAGGAGACAAAAGGCAAGGAAGUGCGGUUUGGGAAAAGGAAUGACAAGUUCUGCUCCUCCGAGUCGGAGAGCGAGUCCUCGGAGAGCGGGGAGGACGACGGGGACUCGGUGGGGAGCUCUGGCUGCCUCAAGGAGUCCCCACUGGUGCUGAAGGACCCGUCCCUGUUCAGCUCUCUGUCCGCCUCCUCCACCUCGUCUCACGGGAGCUCUGCCGCCCAGAAGCAUAACCCCGGCCACGCGGACCAGCACGCCAGGCACUGGCGGACAGACAAUUGGAAAAGCCUCUCUUCUCCCGCCUGGUCAGAGGUCAGCUCUUUAUCAGACUCCACAAGGACGAGACUGACGAGCGAGUCUGACUGCUCCUCCGAGGGCUCCAGCGUGGAGUCGCUGAAGCCCGUGAGGAAGAAGCAGGAGCACAGGAAGCGGGGCGGCCUGCAGAGCACGCUGUCGGAGAAGAAGAACUCUUUCCACGCCAGCGUGGACGGCGCCAUUCCCAAGCUGGACAAGGAGGGCAAGGUCGUCAAGAAACACAAAACAAAACACAAACACAAAAACAAGGAGAAAGGGCUGUGCUCCGUCGGUCAGGAACUCAAGUUGAAAAGUUUCACUUACGAGUAUGAGGACUCCAAGCAGCGGCCGGAGAAGGCCAUACUUCUGGACGGCGACGUUCCCAGUGAGGGCAAGCUGAAGGCCUUGAAGCACGACCGGGACCACUUCAGGAAGGAAGAGCGGCUCGGCAAGGUGAAGUCGGAAGACAGGGAAUGGCUCUUCAAAGAGGAGGUGGUCAAGGUUUCCAAAGACGAGAAGGCCCUGAAGAGAAUCAAAGAUGUGAGCAGGUCUUUCCGAGAAGAGAAAGACCGUGGGAGUAAAGCAGAAAAAGAGAAACUGGUGAAGGAAAAGUCUCCCAAAGAGGAACGACUGAGGCUCUACAAAGAGGAAAGAAAGAAAAAGUCCAAAGACAGGCCCGCCAAGCUAGAGAAGAAGAAUGACUGUAAGGAGGACAGGAUUCCAAAGGAGAAGGAGAAGGCUUUCAAAGAAGAAAAAGACAAACUGAAAAAAGAAAAAGUCUACAGGGAAGACUCUUCCGCUUUCGAUGACUAUUGUAACAAGAGUCAGUUUCUGGAGAACGAAGACACCAAAUUCAGCCUUUCUGACGACCAGCAGGAUCGGUGGUUCUCGGACUUGUCCGAUUCGUCCUUUGAUUUCAAAGGGGACGACAGUUGGGAUUCUCCAGUGACAGACUACAGGGAUGUUAAAAGUGACCCCGUGGCCAGACUGAUCCUGGAGACCGUGAAGGAGGACAGCAAGGAAAAGAAGCGGGAGAGCAAGGGCCGUGAGAAGCGGGACUACGGGGACAGGCGCAGCGACAGGGACGCCUUCUUCCGGAAGAAGGACAGAGACUGUCUGGACAAGAGCUCCGAGAGGAGGAAGGAGCAGGCAGACAAGCAUAAGGGCAUCCCCGGCUGCCUUCCCGACAAGGACAAAAAGCGGAGGGAGUCCGCCGAGGGCGGGCGGGACAGGAAGGACGCCCUCGAGGCCGCCAAGGAGCGGAAGGAUGGCAGGCCCAAGCCCGAGGAGGCCCACCGGGAGGAGCCGAAGGAGCUGGCUGGCGAGGCCGGCUUCAAGGACAGGCCCGACUGUGACUUUGGGAAGGGCCCCGAGCCCUGGGAGAGGCUCCAUGCAGCAAGAGACAAGGAGAAGAAGGAAAGGGGGAAAUUAGAGAAAUACAAAGAUAAGUCCGGUGACAGAGAUAAAAGCGAAAAGUCUGUCCUCGAGAAAGGUCAGAAGGACAAGGAGUUUGACAGAUGCUUUAAAGAGAAGAAGGAUCCCAAGGAGAAGCACAGGGACAAGGAGAGAAAGGCGUCUCUUGACCAGCUGAAAGAAAAGAGGGAGAAGAACUUCCCCGGACUUCUCUCCGAGGACCUCCCUGAGAAGAAAGACGAGAAGAAGGGCAAAGAGAAGAGCUGGUACAUCGCCGACAUAUUCACAGACGAGAGCGAGGACGAGAAGGACGCGUUCGCGGCCAGCGGGCUCCGACUCGGGGACGCCGGGGACGCGCCGCGGGCGGACGGCCCCCAGGACACCGACCGGCACCGGAAGCACUCUGCCGACCGGCAGCACUCAGAGAAGCAGAAAGAUCGAGAGCUCCGAGAAAAGAGAAAGGAGAAGGGAGCCGCGGAAGGGGCGAAGGACAAGAAAGAAAAGGUCCCGGAGAAGCACAAGGACAAGAAGGACAAAGAGGGUGCGGACAAGUGCAAGGACAGGAAGGACCGCACCUCGGCCGACCCCACCCAGGAGAAGAAGAGCAAGCAGAAGCCUCCCGAGAAGCUGGAGCGGAAGCCCUCCGCAGAGGACAAGGCCAGGAGCAGGCACCGCGAGAGGCCGGACCGGGAGCACUGCCGGGACAGGAAGGUGUCGAGGAGCGCCGAGGCGGAGAAGAGCCUGCUGGAGAGGCUGGAGGAGGAGGCCCUGCACGCGUACCGGGAGGACUCCAACGACAAGGCCAGCGAGGUGUCCUCGGACAGCUUCACCGACCGCGGGCAGGAGCCCGGCCUGAGCGCCCUCCUAGAGGUGUCCUUCACGGAGCCCCCGGAGGAGAAGGUCAAGGAGAGAGAAAGGCACAGACACUCUUCGUCCUCGUCCAAGAAAAGCCACGAUCGGGAGAGAGUCCGGAAAGACAAGUGUGAGAAGAGAGACAAGAGCGACGAUUACAAGGACACGGGCAGCAGGAGGGACCCCGGCCAGUACGACAAGGACUUCUCGGACGCCGACGCUUACGGGAUCCUUUACGGCGCCAAAGCGGACGUAGAGGACGAGCUAGAUAAAACCAUUGAGUUGUUCGCCGCUGAAAAGAAAGAUAAAAAUGAUUCCGAGAGAGAGCCUUCCAAGAAAGCGGACAAGGAGCUGAAGCCUUAUGGCUGUGGUGCCGCCGGUGCCCUCAAGGACAAGAGGCGGCGGGAGAGGCACCGCGAGAGGUGGCGGGACGAGCGGGAGAAGCACAGGGACAGGCACAGCGACGGGCCCCCGCGGCACCACAAGGACGAGCAGAAGCCCGCAGCCAGAGACAAGGACAACCCUCCAAACGCGCUCAGAGACAAGUCCCGGGACGAGAGCCUGAAGCUCAGCGAGACCAAACCGAAGGAGAAGUUCAAGGAAAACCCGGAGAAGGAAAAGGGUGACUCGGUGAAGGUCGGCAACGGCAACGAUAAGCCGCCGGCAGCCAGAGACCAGGGCAAGAGAGAUGCCCGGCCCAGAGAGAAGCUUCUGGGCGACGGCGACCUGAUGAUGACCAGCUUCGAGCGCAUGCUGUCCCAGAAGGACCUGGAGGUCGAGGAGCGGCACAAGCGGCACAAGGAGAGGAUGAAGCAGAUGGAGAAGAUGAGGCACCGGUCCGGAGACCCGAAGCUCAAGGACAGGGCGAAGCCCGCUGAGGACGCGCGCAAGAAGGGCCUGGACGUGCCCGCACGGAGGCCGCUGGUGCCGGACCCCGCCCCGAAGGACAAGAGGCCCAAGGAGCCCGCUCUGGCCCCGCCGGCCGCCGACGGCAAGCCCCCCCUGGGGCCGGCCGGGGACGCCAGGGACUGGCCGGCCGGGCCGCACGCGAAAGAGGCGCUGCCCGCCUCCCCGAGGCCGGACCAGGGCCGGCCCACCGGGGUCCCCACGCCCGCGUCCGUGGUGUCGUGCCCCAGCUACGAGGAGGCCAUGCACACGCCCAGGACCCCGUCCUGCAGCGCGGACGACUACUCCGACCUCAUUUUCGACUGCGCGGACCCCCAGCCCGUGUCCAGCACGUCCGCCAGCGCCUGCUCCCCCUCUUUUUUCGACAGGUUCUCCGUGGCAGCGAGUGGGAUUUCGGAAACCGCGAGCCAGACGCCUACGAGGCCGCCGUGCACGAGCCUGUACCGCUCGGUGUCUGUCGAUAUCCGGAGGACCCCCAAGGAAGAAUUCGGCACUGGGGACAAGCUGUUCAGACAGCAGAGCGUCCCCACCGCGUCCACUUAUGGCUCGCCAGGGCAGCGCCUGGAGGACAAGGCCCCCGUGCCCCCAGGUCCUGCCGAGAAGUUCGCCUGCUUGUCCCCGGGGUACUACUCCCCGGACUAUGGCAUCCCCUCCCCCAAAGCGGACGCUCUGCACUGCCCGCCUGCGGCUGUGGUCAAUGUCACCCCCUCCCCAGAGGGUGCUUUCUCUGGUUUACAAGCGAAGUCCCCCCCUUCGCACAGAGAGGAGCUGUUGGCCCCGUCCAUGGAGGGGGCCCUUCCGCCUGACUUGGGCAUCCCCCUGGAUGCCACGGAGGACCAGCAGGCCACUGCCGCCAUCAUCCCCCCGGAGCCCAGCUACCUGGAGCCGCUGGACGAGGGCCCCUUCAGCACGGUCAUCACGGAGGACCCCGUCGAGUGGGCGCACCCAGCUGCCUCGGAGCAGGCCCUGUCCUGCAGCCUGAUGGGGGGCGCCCCCGAGAACCCCGUCAGCUGGCCUGUGGGGCCGGACCUCCUGCUUAAGUCCCCGCAGCGCCUCCCGGAGUCCCCGCAGCAUUUCUGCCCCACUGAGGCCCUCCACCCUGCUGCCCCGGGGCCCUUCGGCGCCCCAGAGCCCCCUUACCCGGGCUCCCCUGACUCAUACCCUCUGUCGGCCACCGAGCCUGGACUCGAGGGCGCCAAAGGCGACGUGGUGGGCACAGUCCCGGCCGCUGUGCCCGCCCCGGAAGAACCAGCCCCCUUUGCCCCUCCUUCCAGGCUGGAGCCCUUUUUCCCCAACUGCAAACCGCUCCCUGACGCGCCCCCCGACGCGGCCCCGGAGCCUGCGUGUUUGGCCGCCGUGACUCAGGUGGAGGCUCUGGCGCCCGUGGAGAAUAACUUCCUGGAAAAUGGGCACGACCUGUCGGCCCUCGGCCAGGUGGAAGCGGUGCCCUGGCCUGAUGGCUUCCCCAGCUCCGAGGACGACUUAGACCUGGGGCCCUUCUCUCUGCCAGAGCUUCCUCUUCAAGCUAAAGACGUCUCCGAUGUCGAAACGGAACCAGUAGAAGAGACUCCCCUUGGCCCUCCGGAAAACACCCCCGCGGGGCCCCCCGUAGUCCCGAAUGGCGGGGACGUCCCUGCGGCGGCUGCCGAGGAACAGCCCGCACUGCCUCCCGACCAGGCGGCUCCCCGGCUCACGUGUCUCCUGAUGCGGCAGCAGCACGAGGCCGCGGCCCUGAACGCCGUGCAGCGGAUGGAGUGGCAGCUGAAGGCCCAGGAGCUGGACCCCGCCGGGCACAAGGCGCUGUGUGUGCACGAGGUGCCCUCCUUCUACGUGCCCAUGGUCGACGUCAACGACGACUUCGUGCUUCUGCCGAUCGCGCCCCCUCCCUCCCUGGCGGAGCCCCUGAAGGAGCUGUUCAAGCAGCAGGAGGCCGUGAGGGGGAAGCUGCGGCUGCAGCACAGCAUCGAGCGGGAAAAGCUCAUAGUCUCCUGCGAGCAGGAGAUCCUGCGGGUUCACUGCCGGGCAGCGAGAACCAUCGCGAACCAGGCGGUGCCGUUCAGCGCCUGCACCAUGCUGCUGGACUCCGAGGUCUACAACAUGCCUCUGGAGAGUCAGGGCGACGAGAACAAGUCCGUGCGCGACCGGUUCAAUGCGCGCCAGUUCAUCUCGUGGCUCCAGGACGUGGACGACAAGUACGACCGCAUGAAGGUGUGCGGGGAGCAGCUCCUGUCACCAGCUGGCGGUCAGACCUCUGUGGGACCCCACCUUGAGCCCUCCUCAAAGGUCACAGCACACACCCAUCACCACUGCUCUGGACGUGCUGACCAGUGCAGCAGCCAGAGAGCAUGGGUGGGAGCUAGAGAAAGAUUAGGCGCUCAGCAGCACGCGCGGCCUCCACCUACCAACGCCGGCAGCGCCCCUCAGAGUGGUGACCACCACCGUGUCUGCGCGCCGCCCAACGUUCAGGGGACGGGGCGAGACCACCCCCGAGAGCCGCUUACGGACAGCAGCGAAGGCGAACGAAAUCCAGCCGCGGACACUGUCACCACCGGCCUUGUCCGGCAGCUCCCCAGAAAAGCCCCAUUCCUGGAGCUCACUGUGUGA